UAUUAUUAUUUAAGUUAAAAUUAAUUUAAAAUUUUGAUUAUGAUACCGUAUCUCUAGGAGUAGCAGGUAGUUCGAUAGUUCGCGCGGCAAAUAAAGAAAACAUAAAGUUUUAAAUUUUUCUACUACACCUCCUAAUUAUAUACAUGUGUUAUAGAUAGGUUAUUUGUUCGUUGCUUACGUUUAAGAUUAUACCAAUUACCGUUAGGCCGAGUGAAUUUAAAAUUUUUUACGAUAUAAUUCAAAUUUAUACUUCGAGAUCAUAGUAAAGGAACUUGCAAAAUGCAAGUGGAUUUACAAAAGCGUGAAAACACUCAAACUACAAUAUUAGCAUUAUUAAUUACACGUAAAGGAGGAUGUACUGUAAAGCAGCUAAGUCAUGAUUAUUAUGAGUUAGAGGGUGAACAUAUACCAUGGAAAGAUUUAGGAUACAACUCUUUAUUAAGUUUUCUACAUAGUAUGUCAAAAACAGUACAAAUAGAACAUAGAGAUAAUACAAUUAUUAUACAUGGUAUUGCAUCAGAGAAAUCCAAACACGUUAGUAGAUUAAUAGCUGGCCAAAAAGCUCAGAAACCUUCAGUUGGAAGAAAAACACAUAGACCAAAUCACUAUUUUCCUACAACUGCUCCUAAUAGAAUUCGUAUACCAGCUGAGAUAUUAAGCAAAGUAAUCAGUUUAGUUAAAGAUAAACCUAAUGGUUUAAAUAAGGAUUAUAUACUUCAAGAAAUUCAUUCACGCAUGCCUUUUGUGAAAAUUACUAUGAAAGAAAUGGAAGAACAGUUACAAGAAUUAUCACAUAGAAUUUUUCAAACAAACAAUAAGAUUUAUCCAAACCGAUCUAAAGUUAAGAAAUUUAAUAAUUUAAAAGACCGUAAUGAUAUGUCUCAUUCUAAAUCCAAAUUGCCAAUUAUCACUGCUGCUGGAAAUGAAGAUUCAGAUGAUAUGUUAGAUUGCGAAGAUGUCCUUGAGGUUACACAACUCAAUCAUACAUCUAUAUCUGAUUACACAAAGUUAGAUACAAAGUCCAAAUCAACAUUUAGUUGCAUGAAGGAAACUAACUGUCAAGAUCAAGAAACCCAACAUAGUGAUAAUAUUAAAACGAAAUUUGAAGAUGAUAUAAUGAAAGAUAAAGAAAACGUUUUAGAUCAGAAAGAUAUUGAAAUACUUAUAAAUGAAAGAAUUAAAUUUCGUUUGGAAAAGCUUAUUCAAAACCACUCUGAUGGGAUUUGGUGUGCUGAUCUACCAGAAAAAUAUUUAGAAGAAUAUAAAGUUCCUUUGAAUUAUGCAGAACUUGGUUUUAAUAGCGUUAGAGAAUUUGCAUCACAGUUACCUGAAAUCUUUCAUUGCAUUCAACCUCGUGACACAGGAGAUUUCAUGCUUUAUUAUGCAAAGAGGGAAAUACCUUCAAAUAAACUAACAAAGAAACAUGAAGCUAAUAAUAUUGCACAGUGGUAUAAUAUUUAUGAACCAAGUAAUGAAGAAGCAGUCCCAGCAUCAGUGUCGCUCGAUACAUGUAAGAAGCUAAUACCAGAUAAUGUAAUGAGUAUUGGAGACUAUGUAGGUUGCAUAAACGUUGCAGAUUUAGAACAGAAUGAAGAACCUUUUAUAGAAGUUAUUGUUGUAGAAGUCUUCACACCUUCAUUCUUUUGGAUACAACUUCGUAAAAAACAAAAGAUAUUUAAAAUGUUCAUGGAUGAUUUACAUAAGUUUUAUACAAUGCAAUAUGAACAAUAUGCAAUUCCACUACUUGUACUAGAAAAAGGUUUGAAUUGUGCAUGUGUAUACAAUGGAAUAUGGCAUAGGGGUAUAAUUAAGGCUGUGAAACCAGAUUUUCAAGUGACUGUAAUGUUUUAUGAUUAUGGAACACUGAAAACAUAUUCUCCCAAUGCAGUAUAUUACUUACAUAAGAAGUUUUCCAUCCUGCCAGCACAGGCAAUACCAUGUGGUUUAAUUAAUACUAGGCCAUGUACAGGAUCUAAAUGGUCCCGUAGUGCUACUCAUCAUUUUGCACUAAGAACAUCUGAUAUACCUUUAGUUGCAACAAUUGCAACAAUUAAUAAGGAGGAUAAUUCAAUGAUGGUAAAUUUGACUGACACAUUAGAAGAUGAAGAUGUACACAUUAACGAUUGGUUAGUGGAGCAAAAGCUAGCAGAAUAUGGAAAAAUGGUUUGUAUUAAAAAACGGAAUUUUCCAAUUUGUCAUUACUUAGAGCGUCAAGAAUGUUUUAAACGACAAAAACCUAGCGACAUUUAUAGACUAAAGGAAAAAUUGUCCAAAAAUUCUGGAAAUAAAAUAGUACAUAAUCUAAAUUCUGACAUAGGUUUACCUCACAGUAGUAAUUUUAAUGAAGUAAAUAGUAAUAAAGAAGAUUCCUAUAAUAAAUUGAUUUCACAUAGAGGAAAGAGCAAAAGAUCAGAAUAUUUUCAAUCGACUAAUUCCUCUAAAAAUGAUUUUUUAAUUGAAAAAAUGCAUGGUUCUGUCACAAAUUCUGAAAAGAAACAUCCAAGAAAAACAGAAUCUUUAUACAAAAUGUUAUUACAUCUUAAAUUAAAAUCUAUUAAUUCUACCAAAAUUAAUAAUGAUAAUAAUGAUAAUAGUAAUAAUCAAAUUUGUGAGAUUAUAGCAAAUAAAAAAUGUUUAGGUUCAAGUUCUGUAUUAAAUCAACCCAUUGAACAAAAAUCGUACGAAAAGUCUGUCAUGUCAUGUCAUAAUAAUGUAGAACAUAAUAACACUAUAUCUGAUACUUCGUCUACUGAUCUUUCUACUAAUAACAGAAAAAAUAGUAAAACGUUAGAUAAUAAAUGUAAUAUUUUAAAAGAGCGUACCAAUAUUCCUAAACAAUAUGGUUCUGUUACAAAUCCUGAAAAGAAACAUCCAAGAAAAACAGAAUCUUUAUACAAAAUGUUAUUACAUCUUAAAUUAAAAUCUAUUGAUUCUACCAAAAUUAAUAAUGAUAAUAAUGAUAAUAGUAAUAAUCAAAUUUGUGAGACUAUAGCAAAUAAAAAAUGUUUAGGUUCAAGUUCUGUAUUAAAUCAACUCAUUGAACAAAAGUCAUACGAAAAGUCUGUAAUAUCAUGUCAUAAUGAUAUGGAACAUAACACUACAUCUGAUACUUUGUCUAUUGAUCUUUCUGUUAAUAACAAGAAAAAUAGUAAAACGUUAGAUAAUAAAUGUAAUAUUUUAAAAGAACGUACCAAUAUUCCUAAACAAUAUGGUUCUGUUACAAAUCCUGGAAAGAAACAUCCAAGAAAAACAGAAUCUUUAUACAAAAUGUUAUUACAUCUUAAAUUAAAAUCUAUUGAUUCUACCAAAAUUAAUAAUGAUAAUAAUGAUAAUAGUAAUAAUCAAAUUUGUGAGACUAUAGCAAAUAAAAAAUGUUUAGGUUCAAGUUCUGUAUUAAAUCAACUCAUUGAACAAAAGUCAUACGAAAAGUCUGUAAUAUCAUGUCAUAAUGAUAUGGAACAUAACACUACAUCUGAUACUUUGUCUAUUGAUCUUUCUGUUAAUAACAAGAAAAAUAGUAAAACGUUAGAUAAUAAAUGUAAUAUUUUAAAAGAACGUACCAAUAUUCCUAAACAAUAUGCUAAUCAUUUUGAUAUUCGAGAAUCAGAAGACGAAAUAUAUAUUAGUGAUGUGAAAAAUUUUACUGAUCCACAUGAAGUAUAUAUAACAGAGAACAUAGACUGGUCUAUUAUUUUGAAAAAUGCAUUGCAAGAAAAGAACAAUAUAACUCAAGAAAGUGAAUCUAAAAUACCUCGUGAAACAUCUAUUAGGAAACAAAGCAAUGUACCAUUAGCUGAAAAUUGUUUCUUGAAAGUAGUAUAUAAUAGCUCUUAUUCUGCUUUGCAUGAUAAAGAUAUACGCUGGUCAUCAACUGGAAAUAUUGCUAAAAUGUCAAAUGUAUCUCCAUUAAUUUUAGAAAAUAUUGAAAGGCGUAAAAAGCGCAUAAAAGAUAAUGUAAUAAUUGCUAUAUCACAAAAAAUAUUAGGGAUGUUGACAGACGAAAAAUUAUAUGAUGCAUCUAGAAAUGUAAAAGAUACGCAACCUAUGAAUUCAUCACAGAAAACUAACAAUACUAGUGUUGAAAACGAUACUAGUUUAAUUGCUUUAGAAAAUUAUGAACAAAAUGAUUACAUUUGUAUGAAAACCAUUACUUCUAAGCAAAAAUUAUUGGAGAAAUUAUCAUCAAUAAAAGAUAUAUCAAAUGACAAUUCAAGUUUAGAUUCGGACGAUUUAAGCACAGUAACAGAAUCUACAUCAUUUCAUUGUAAUAUUAAUGGUAAUAAUAAUAAUAAUAAAUGUAAAAAGUAUGAAAAUGAUACAAGCAUCCAUGAAUGUACAUCAAAUGGAUCUUGGUCAGAAAUUGACAUUGAAUGUAAAAAAUAUGAAAGCAAUACAAACAUUCAUGAAAGUACAUCAAAUGAAUCUUGGCCAGAGAUUGAUGUUGAAUGUUCUGUUAAAACAGAAGCAAUAAAUUCAAACACACAGGAAGUUUUUAGACCUAUGAUCAACAAUUCGGAAGUAUAUGAGAAAGAAGAAAUAUCCAAAUCUGCAAAUAACCUAGAAGAUCUGACCCUGGUAUCAACAUCAUCACAGCAAUCAACAACAACAGAAAAAUCAGAUUUGAUAGAAAAUAUUAAUUGUUCAGAAGAAUCAUCGUUGAAUGUAGAAGUAAAGGAAUCAGUAAGAUCAAUGGAAAAAUCAUUAUUAAAUGAAGAAACUAGACAAACAGAAGUGGUAUCAGUCGAAGAAUUAAUACAAUAUAACACAGUAAUUGGAAAGUCCGACAUACCAGUUUUUAAUGAUGUUGAUAUAGUAUCUAACGAAAGAGUGGAACAAUUGGAUGCAUAUAUAUCAUAUGCUGAGCUUUCUAAUCUUCUUAAUACUACAUUUAAUGAGAGCACUCAAAUUAAAUUCAGUGACAAUGAAUUUGACUCACAUUUAAGUACAGUAGAAAUAACUGAUUCAAAUUCAAUUGAGGAUGCAAAAUGUAUAGAAACUUAUAAAAAUACAGAAAGUAAUACUUAUGAAGUUAUGUAUUCAGAUAGAAUCAGUAAUCAGGAGGAUAAAAUGGAAGACUUGACGAAUAAAAGUGUCAAAUUUGAAAGUCAUAUACCCGUAAUACAUUCUGAAAACAAUUCAGAGAGAAGUAAUAAAUAUAUGUCUAAUCUAAAUUAUAAAUCACAAGGUAAAGCGAGAACAUUAGUAGAAAUGUUAAAUAAUAAAUGUAAAAAGUAUGAAAAUGAUACAAACAUUCAUGGAUGUACAUCAAAUGGAUCUUGGUCAGAAAUUGACAUUGAAUGUAAAAAAUAUGAAAGCAAUACAAACAUUCAUGAAAGUACAUCAAAUGAAUCUUGGCCAGAGACUGAUGUUGAAAGUUCUGUUAAAACAAAAGCAAUAAAUUCAAACUCACAGGAAUUCUUUAAACCUACGAUCAACAAUUCAGAAGUAUAUGAGAAAGAAGAAAUAUCCAAAUCUGCAAAUAACCUAGAAGAUCUGACCCUGGUAUCAACAUCAUCACAGCAAUCAACAACAACAGAAAAAUCAGGUUUAAUAAAAAAUAUCAAUUGUUCAGAAGAAUCAUCGUUGAAUGUAGAAGUAAAGGAAUCAGUAAGAUCAAUGGAAAAAUCAUUAUUAAAUGAAGAAACUAGACAAACAGAAGUGGUAUCAGUCGAAGAAUUAAUAAAAUCUACCACAGUAAUUGAAAAGUCCGACAUACCGGUUUUUAAUGAUGUUGAUAUAGAAUCCGACAAAGAAGAAGAACAAUGGGAUGUAAAUAUAUCAUAUGCUGAGCUUUCUAAUUUUCUGAAAGGUACAUUUAAUGGGAGUACUCAAAAUAAAUUCAGUGACAAUGAAUUUGACUCACGUUUAAAUACAGUAGAAAUAAAUGAUUUAAAUUCAAUUGAGAAUGGAGAUUGUAUAGGAACUUAUACAAAUAUAGAAGGUGAUACUUAUGAAGUUAUGCAUUCAGAUAGAAUCAGUAAUCAGGAAGAUAAAAUGGAAGACUUGACAAAUAAAAGUAUCAAAGUUGAAAGUCAUAUACCCGUAAUACAUUCUGAAAACAAUUCAGAGAGAAGUAAUAAAUUUAUGUCUAAUCUAAAUUAUGAAUCACAAGGUAAAGGGAGAAAAUUAAUAGAAAUGUUAAAUAAAGCGAAGUUAUUGCAAAGAGAUCGUUCAUAUAAAUAA